GCACAAACUGAAGCUGCUCUGUUGGCAUAGAUAGAUCCAACUCAAACUCCAGAUGACCAAUUGAAUAUUUUCUACAAUGAGUUUCCAGUUUUGGAGUCGGUUUUCAACGUAUUCAUGUUACUUGUUGUAAGUGAAGCCUUGCGUAGAUAAAUUGGAAUGAAUUCUUUUCAUUUUUUGUGAGAAAACUGAAUAAUCAACACCGUGUAUGAGUGAAACUUCUCGAAGACAUUACAGUACGUUCACUUAGUUACUGUUUUGACAACCCAAAUAUAUUUAUUGGACUGGUUCAUUUUUUGAAGGUGUUGAAAAGCAUCGACACUAAAUAAAAUUCUGCUUGUGGGAAGCGUCACUCAAAAUAUGAUCCAGUAAUUGUAGGUGAACUUUCCGAAACUGGUUAUCUCCAAUAAGGCAGGUAGGGUCUUCAUACGUAUCUUAAACUGGUCUCUGAAGUGAAUAGAAAAAAUCGAGGCUGAGGAGUCGCUACUGCUCAAAUAGAACUGAAUGACGACUUGCACUUUUCCAAAGCUAGCAAUUGUCGAAUUAUUGAAGCUUUUUUGGUAUAUGUUGCUUUACCUACAAAAGACAGGGCGUGCAGUGAAACGAGAAAGAAAGUGGAGCAACUUGGAAGCGACCCAGCAGUUGUUGCAGUCACGAACCAACUGUUUCGAGUUCACAGUUCUGAUCAAGAACAAUGAGCCGCUGACAGUUUUGACCGGACAGAGCAAACCAGAACUGUUAGUAACACAGUUUUCGUUGAUGACUCUUUUCCAACUAUAUACCCACUUCAACUAAACUGUCCAUAUAGUUGCUCACUUGGAAAAAUCAACCAUUUUGCUAGUUUUUUAAGAAAUGAGUUCACGAGUUCUUCCUGUAUUGAUUUCAUUUCGUAUUUGUUCAGUCUAAACCUUUUCUCCGAUACUUUGAAAAUCAA